CGUAAAAUGUAAUUUUUAAAACGUAUUCGUUCGGAAGUAGUUAAACUUUUUAAUGUACAUGACAAAGCUUUUACAACGACGAAAACAUGAGUUCCAUAGGCACUGGGUAUGAUCUCUCUGCUUCUCAAUUCUCUCCUGAUGGAAGAGUCUUUCAGGUAGAAUAUGCUCAAAAGGCAGUAGAAAAUAGUGGAACUGCUAUUGGAAUACGAGGAAAAGAUGGUGUUGUAUUUGGAGUAGAAAAGCUAAUUACCUCAAAGUUGUAUGAAAAAGGAGACAACAAAAGAAUUCUUAAUAUCGAUCGUCAUAUAGGUGCAGCUGUAGCUGGACUCAAUGCUGAUGCUAGACAUUUGAUUGAUAGAGCCAGGGUUGAAGCUUCAAGCUACAGAAGUAGUUAUGGUGAUGCUAUACCUCUUAAACAUUUGACAGAGCGUGUAGCUGGUUAUGUACACGCGCACACUUUGUACAGUUCUGUGCGUCCGUUUGGUGUGAGCUUGAUUAUUGGUUCGAUUGAGAAAGAUGGUCCACAGAUGUAUCUCGUAGAACCAUCAGGGGUUUCAUGGGGUUACCAUGGAUGUGCAAUUGGUAAAGCUAAACAAAAUGCCAAAACAGAAAUAGAAAAAUUAAAGAUGAAAGACAUGACUAUUAAAGAACUUGUGAAAGAAGUUGCAAAAAUAAUUUACAUUGUCCAUGAUGAAGUCAAAGACAAAUCAUUUGAGCUAGAGCUUAGUUGGGUUGGAGCUGAUACGGGAAAUAGGCAUGAACUUGUUCCACCUGAAGUUUACAUUGAAGCUGAAAAAUAUGCCAAGGAGGCACUAGAAGAAUCUGAUGACUCAGAUGAUGAGGAUCUGUAGAACAAAUGAUGAUACACCUGUUUGAAAGUUUGCGUUACAUAUGAGAUGUUAAUACAACUGAAUGUCAUAUUAUAAAAUAAAAUGGAACUGAUGGUUUGGACAAAGUUAAAUACUAAACUCACUUUUUAGCAUUGCUUACGUUUCUAUUAUUAUAGAACUUGGUUUGAAGCUUUUUUUUUUUUUUGUAAAGUUUUGAUCAAAUGACCCUGUUUCAGGACUAUAUUGAGUAAUAAAUUAAUUAAAAAACAACCAUCAUUGUAUUUAAUAAGGUUAAAUCUUUAAUGCAGAUGUAGGGUUAACAAAUACAUGGGUUAUGUCUAACCUACAGAUCAGUUUGACAACUGUACUGUUUUGGUGGCCUACAUUGGGUUCAUGGCGAAUGCAUUUCAGAAUGAAUGAAUGUCCAAUUGUUAAAACUUUUUUUUAAAUCUUGAAUAAUGUAAUUUUUAAAUUAUGUGAAUAAAUAUUUCACUUAAUCAUUA